ACCGCCGCCGCCGGCGGCCCGGUCGAGGCUACCCCCUUCCUCCCCUGGUUGGGCCGGAUCUUGGAGGAGCCAGGUCUCUAGGGUUCCCGGCGGCCUCGGCUGACCCGCGGCUCCUGCCCCCGCCACAGGUCAUUCAAAUGUUGACCAUUCCUUUUAGUCCUGUGUGAUAGCAGUCCAUAUGUGUCAGUACUGUUCUUAAAACCAUAGUCUCUUUGGGGUCAGAUGUGACAACUGGCAAAUGCUCAAUAAAGGAGUUUCUUCAGAUGUUAUCAGAGUAAGCACUUCAAGUGCGCCUAGUACAUCGAGUCACGGUUCUGCCCAGGAUGAUUCUGAUUCUUCAGGCGACGUUUAUGUGUGGGGUGAAGUUAUCUGUGAAAACUCUGCGGGAGCUGGUUCUGAUGCAGUUGUCAGGUCAACUGUGAGGCAUGAUGUCCUACUGCCGAAGCCCUUGGAGUCCAAUUUAGUUCUUGAUGUGUAUCAUGUGGAUUGUGGGGUCAAACAUGCUGCUUUGGUCACAAAAAAUGGGGAAGUCUUCACAUGGGGUGAAGAAUCUGGAGGGCGCCUUGGCCAUGGGUCACGAGAAGAUCGUAUUCAUCCUGGUCUAGUCAGUUCAUUAGCAGUUUGCAAUGUGGAUUUCAUUGCUUGUGGGGAGUUUCAUACUUGUGCUGUGACGACAGCUGGGGAGCUGUAUACCUGGGGAGAUGGAACACACAAUAUUGGACUUUUAGGUCAUGGUACUGACAUAAGCCACUGGAUUCCUAAAAGGAUCUCAGGAGCACUGGAUGGUCUGCGAGUUGCUUAUGUUUCUUGUGGAACCUGGCAUACAGCUUUGAUUACAACAGCUGGCCAGUUAUUUACCUUCGGUGAUGGUACUUUUGGAGUUUUAGGCCAUGGAGAUCGAGAAAGUAUUUCAUGCCCAAGGGAGGUGGAGUCUCUAUCGGGGUUGAAAACAAUUUCUGUUGCAUGUGGUGUAUGGCACACUGCAGCUGUCGUAGAAGUUAUAGUGACUCAGUCAAGUUCAAGUAUAUCUUCUGGAAAGCUCUUCACAUGGGGAGAUGGUGACAAACAUCGACUUGGUCAUGGUGAUAAGGAACCGCGAGUUAAGCCGACAUGUGUGGCUUCACUUAUUGAUUACGAUUUUCACAGGAUAGCAUGUGGUCAUAGUCUCACUGUGGGUUUGACAACAUCUGGACAAGUUUGGAGCAUGGGUAAUACUGUUUAUGGCCAGCUUGGAAAUCCUCGCUCAGAUGGUAAGCUCCCAUGUUUAGUUGAAGAGAUUAUGGAUGAACAUGUUGUUCAAGUUGCUUGCGGUUCCUACCAUGCUGCAGUUUUAACAGCUAAGAGUGAGGUUUUUACAUGGGGAAGAGGAGCCAAUGGGAGAUUGGGCCAUGGAGAUAUAGAGGACAGGAAAAUACCUACAGUGGUUGAAACCUUGAGAGGCAGAGGUGUUAGGCACAUAUCCUGUGGUGCAAACUUCACAGCUGCUAUAUGCCAACAUAAGUUGAUGUCAGGAGCGGAGCAAUCCCAAUGCGCAUCAUGCCGGCAGCCAUUUGGGUUCACCCGGAAGAGGCAUAAUUGCCAUAAUUGUGGAUAUGUCCAUUGCAAUGCGUGCACCUCUCGGAAGGCACUGAGGGCGGCGCUGGCUCCCAAUCCUGCAAAACCUUAUCGUGUUUGUGAUUCCUGUUUUUUGAAACUGAACAAUGCUACAGACUCUAGUGUAACCAAUAAGAGGAAAGAUUAUGUGCCUCGCCACUCAGGUGAAAGCAAUUCCGAUGCUAAAUUAGCUAAAGCAAUUGUCCCUAGUAAUAUGGAUAUGAUUAGAAGUUUGGAUAGCAAGGCAGCAAAACAAGGGAAGAAAACAGAUGCAUUGUCAUUUCUUCGAUCUCCUCAAACGAGUUCACUUCUUCAGUUGAGAGAUAUUGCUUUAUCUGGUGGGUUUGAUCUGAACAGGCCAGUUCCAAGAACAGCUCGUACACCAGCAGCUAGAUCGGUAAACACUUCCAGGGCGGUUUCCCCUUUCUCUCGUAGGCCUAGUCCUCCACGUUCAACCACACCAGUUCCAACAACUCAUGGCCUUUCUAUUGGGAAAAGUGCUGCUGAUAAUCUUACCAAGAAAAAUGAGAUGUUAACUCAGGAAGUUGAAAGACUCUGUGGGCAGGUCGAUAAUCUGAGGCACCGUUGUGAGGUUCAAGAACUUGAGUUACAGAAGUCUGCUAAGAAAGUACAAGAGGCAAUGACCCUGGUCGCGGAGGAAUCUGCAAAGUCCAAAGCUGCAAAGGAAGUCAUAAAAGCCCUAACGGCACAGCUUAAGGAUAUGGCUGAAAGACUGCCUCCAGAUCCAGGGGGCUAUGAUGGCAAUGGUGCAAAUAACUCAGCGCUUCCAAAUGGAAUUGAGUCUCAUGCUUCUAUCUACUCUAGCAUGAACGGGACUCACCAGUCACGCAAUGAGCCUAUCAAUGCUCUAAACAUGCCUAGCCUGAACACUGGACGAUCCUUGCACCCAAAUGGAACCUCCAGUCAACACAAGUCACCAGAUAGUAGUCGUGAAAAUAGUGAAGUGAGUGCUCACAGACAUAGGGUGUCAAGUCCCCAUGGUUCUGAGCAUUCAAACCGAAGAGCACAUAGCAGCAGCGAUGAAUUGUUCACUGGAAGCAGUAGAGCGGGCGAUAGUAGUAACCUGGACACUAUGUCCCUUCAAAGUGGCGAGGACGGCUACAGAUCUCGAAGUACAAUAUCACUCUCCAGUGACCAAGUUCAGGCUGAAUGGAUUGAACAGUAUGAACCAGGUGUAUACAUAACACUGACAACACUUCUUGAUGGGACUCGGGAUCUGAAGAGGGUACGCUUCAGCCGAAGACGCUUCGGCGAGCAUCAAGCGUCGAAAUGGUGGAACGAGAACCACGACAAGGUGUACGAGCGGUAUGACGUGAGGAGCUCAGAGCGAGUGUCAUCGGCUGCUUCGACCCGGUCAGCCCGGUGACCUGAGGACCGACCUGCUGCCGCAUAGUCAUUCAUCCGGGACUACGAGACGAGGCCCUGGAUGGGGCCAUAGUAUCAGAGGCCGUCCCCGGUGUGGGACGGCAUAUGGAGAUUCAGUUUUGCUCCUAUCUUGUCGAUAAUUGUUUCUCUUUUCGCGAUUGGAUCGUCCAUUUGUGCCAGAAUACGUGAGAUCUGUAGCCCUGCCCUAUUGUAAUGUAAAUAUAGGAACUGUGAAACCCUAGUCUGUGAGAGAGAGGGUGGAUGGUGGGUUCAGAGCCUGGACUCCUCUUUCUCUGAAUUCUGUAGCUGAUCCAGGUGUGAAAUUCACAAAAAAUCUCCAGUCAUCUGCAGGAAUUUCUCUGAUAUGCCAAAUUCUGAGUAAUGGUUUAACUGGUCA